AUGUCUUUGCAAAGGCUUCUACAGCAUCAGAACGGCAAUGGCAACUUGGAGUACUAUGUUGAUUCUUCGUACAGCUCCUACUCCACACUCACAGGCCCGCUCACAAUGGAAGACAGCAGAAGGGUUCAAAUGCUGGCAGAUACUGUGGCUACUUUGCCUCGGGGACGGAAGCAGCUUGCUUUGGCCAGAUCGAGUUCUCUAGGUGACUUUUCCUGGUCUCAAAGAAAGCUUGUUACUGUGGAAAAGCAGGACAAUGGAGCAUUUGGAUUUGAAAUUCAGACCUACAGACUCCAGAACCAGAACAUCUGUUCCUCGGAAAUUUGCACCAUGAUCUGCAAAGUACAGGAAGACAGCCCAGCUCACUGUGCAGGCCUGCAAGCUGGUGACAUCCUUGCAAAUAUCAAUGGUGUGAGCACAGAAGGCUUUACCCACAAACAAGUGGUUGACCUGAUCCGAUCAUCAGGAAAUCUGCUAACGAUAGAGACUCUUAAUGGAGCAAUGAUUCACAGGAGAGCAGAGCUUGAAGCAAAGCUGCAGGCUUUAAAGCAAACCUUGAAGAAAAAAUGGGUGGAGUUCAGGUCUCUGCACUUACAGGAACAGCGACUGCUGCAUGGAGAUGCUGCUAACUCCCCAAACUUGGAAAACAUGGACCUGGAUGAGUUGUCCUUGUUUGGAAAUCUGCUGGGGCCUGGCCCAGCCCUCCUGGACCGGAACCGAUUGUCCAGUGAGAGCAGCUGUAAAAGCCGGUUGAGCUCUGUGACCAUGGACAGUGAGGACGGCUACAGGACAAGUGUGUCUGAGGACUCCAGCCGGGGCGCCUUCAGCCGACAGACCAGCACCGAUGAUGAGUGCUUUCUCUCUAAGGAUGGAGAUGACAUUCUGAGGAAUGCUGCUUCCAGGAGAAACCGGAGCAUCAGUGUCACUAGCAAUGGAUCCUUAUCCCCCUUGUGGGAGGGCAAUUACUCAAGCAUGUUUGGGACUUUACCCCGGAAAAGCAGACGGGGAAGUGUCCGGAAGCAGAUUUUGAAAUUCAUCCCUGGCCUUCAUCGUGCAGUGGAAGAGGAAGAGAGUCGCUUCUGA